UUUGUGUUUUCCGAUCUACUCUUCAAUCUACUAGUGCUACUACAGAUUACUUAUACCUAGUGGAGAGCUAAGCUAGAAAUCAAUUGAGUUUCGCAUAUCGGCGUGUUAACAUCACACAACAAAAAAAAAAAAAACAAACAGAUGCCAACAAAAUGACGAGCACCUGCUACAGUUGCACAGUACUACUCGUUUUAUUGGUCACCAUGGCGUAUGCUGCCCCACCGCUACAACAAAAGCAUCGAAUAGCCAAUACCUCACAGCAGCGUCUGAAGCGACAAAUUUUCUCGAAUGAGUUUGAUAUGAUUGGUAAUCCAUUCUUUACACCAGCAGAUGAUGAUUUUGAACCAAACACUUUCACUCGCCCGCAAUGGGAACGACGUCCAGCUCCUGGCCAACCGCUGAUAUUUAGUAAUGAUGGACAACAAAAAUCUGGAACUACAACGCAAACAACACCACCAUCAACAACAGCAACAACAACAACACAAUUGUCAUCUAGCGUCGCUAAUUCGAAUGUAGUUUUCGUAAAUAAUCAGCCCGUUAUUGCUACUAUGGCACCAUUUAUUGCAGCUACCACAGCUUCGCCAGCGUUUUUAAGGUGCUUCGGCAGCUGUCCUACCACGUCGGAAUAUAAUCCUAUAUGUGCUAGUAAUCGGCAGCAAUAUCAGAAUCCGCAGAAGUUUGAUUGUGCGAGACGGUGUGGUGCAGACAUCCAGAUCGUGCGUCGCGGCGCCUGCCAAGGUCUAUUCCCCAUGCAACGCGGAUAAUACUUACUUAGUAAUUGUAUCUACAUAUUUAUAAACAUAAAUUUUUGUUGUAUAGUUACCUACUAAAAUACGUACAUAUAUAUGAAUUUAUUACUUUUUUUUGUAUUUAUGUAAAUAUGCAAGGUUGUGACAAACGAACUGAUUUUACUGUAUAAUUUUUGCCGGCAAAUUUAAUGAACGCAUGUAACAUAUAAAUAAAUAUUAAAUGUAGUUAAGACUUUUUAAAAAUAAAAAAAUUUAUGUAUGUAUGUAUUUCUUGUUGUUAUGUAUGCUAGCCCAUAGUCAAUAAACAUUGUGAUACCUGUUUUUUUCAUUGCUGUUGCAACAAAAACACGAAAAUACCAAGAUAUUAAUUGAUAUUUUGCUCGUGCCGGUUCCGGAGUUCGUUAAACUAGUUAUGUUCAUCUUGUCUACACACAUACAUAUGCAUUGCAUGUCAACAAAACAUAUGCACAAAAUAAACAAAUAAAA